GGAGCGCUUGCAGAGGGGACUGGUGUGAUUGCGCAAAGACGGGCGCCUCUCCCCUUCCCUCUGCGCCACCUUUGCGCCGCGUCUUCGCUGAUUCGGAUUGCCUGUUGCCCCGCUCCAGCCAUGGUGAUCGAGGAAGUGCUGCCCCUGGAAAGCGCCAGCCUGGCCCGUCUGCUGCGCGACCCCCAUGAAAACGGGCGCACGCUGGUGCUGGACUGCCGGCCCUUCCUGGCUUUUUGCCAGGCGCACCUGGUCGACUCCCGGCCCGUGCAUUGGAACGGGCUGCUCCGGCGCAGGUCCCGCGGCAGGACCGGGGUUAGCCUGGAUUGGCUGGUACCGGACAGGUCGCUGUUGGGGCGGCUGCGCAAGGGCGAGCUGACCCACUUGGUGGUGCUGGACGAGGCCAGCGGCUCGGUGGCGACGCUGCGGCCGGACAGCCUGGCCAGGUUGCUCCUGAACGCGCUUCUGUUGGAGGACAGAUCUGGGACCUCGCGCGUUUACCUUCUCAAAGGUGGCUUUGAGAAUUUUCAAGCCAAUUUCCCAGAACUCUGCUCUGAGACUCCUAUGUCGACUCCUUCUCCAGCUCUAAGAAGCCCUGAAGACAACGGCAACGAAGCAAUCACUCCCCUGUAUGACCAGGGUGGGCCUGUAGAGAUUCUUCCGUUUCUAUAUCUGGGCAGCUGCUAUCACUCCUCCAACAGGGAGGUUCUGGAGUCCCUGGGGAUCACUGCUGUGCUCAAUGUGUCCUCCAGCUGCCCCAACCACUUUGAAGGACAAUUUCUCUAUAAGAGCAUCCCGGUGGAGGACAACCACAUGGCUGAAAUCAGCGUUUGGUUCCAGGAAGCCAUCAGCUUCAUUGAUUCAGUCAAAAACAGUGGUGGGCGCGUGCUGGUCCAUUGCCAAGCUGGCAUCUCCCGCUCCGCCACCAUCUGCCUUGCCUACUUGAUCCAGAGCCGCCGGGUGCGCCUGGAGGAGGCCUUUGACUUUGUCAAGCAGCGGCGUGGGGUCAUCUCACCCAAUUUUGGCUUCAUGGGGCAGCUCUUGCAGUUCGAGACCGAGGUGCUGUGCCAUUAGCUCAGCGGCUCCUUAUUGCCUGUAAAGCCAAUUGGUAGGAAGAGAGCAGAAACUCUUCUUCCAAGGACAGAGAGACUGAUACGCGUGUUUCUGUUUACAUCCCUAUGGGGGCGCAGUAACCUGGGACAAUACCACUUCUUGAUUGCACUAAAUUAUGCUGGAGGAUCCCUUUGGGGCGGGGAACCCCUUCUGCAGCCAGACAAGACUUUCUCCCUUGGCUGUUUUAAACUACCCUGCUCUUCACCUGCUUACUGCACAAUAAAUAUCGUGGAUAAGAGCAGUCCAGGGUGGGCUAAACAGUGUGGAGGGGGAGCUGUCCCAGUUCUUCCAUUGGUGAAUCAUUGUAAGGCCAGAACUCUCUCACUGAAGUUGUAAAAGAAAUCCAAAUAUAUAUAUUUUGUCAUGUCAAUCAAUGUUGUCCCCAAAUUAAUUUUACAGCUGCCCCGUUGGGGUUACUCCAGGUAACCAAGGCAGGUACCUUUCUCCCUUCUUCCAACACCCUUGUAAAGUAGGCUAAGCUGAGACAAUGGCACUAGCAGAAGGUGAUCCAGUAAACUCCUUGGCUAAUAGGGGAAAUAGCUCAGUCUAUUUCUCUAAGUGGCCAGUGGAGAGGAUGGCCUGGUAAACCUCUAGCUGAGGUAUACCACUUUUUUCUGCUGAUCUUUCCAGCUUGUGGGUUUUAGUUACUGGAAGUGAUUUUUCUUCCUGCCUCUUUGGGUAAUCCUCUUUCUUUGACCAUCCAACACCAGCAUCAGGCUCAAGAAAUUCUAUUCUACACUGCAUCAUUCAUGUCCCACCCGAGAGCACAUGGUGCAAUCCACUUGCUUCUCUGAUCACCAGCCUUACAUAAGUCAACCAAUGACUUAACAAGCAUUCUCUGUUACUAAUUUUAGUUGUUCAUAUAUGCUGUGAAAAAGGGAGACAUGCAGGGCAACAGUCCCCCACCCCAGAACUGCAGGAAAAGAGUAUUUGCUGCCACAAUGCUGCGCAGCCUUCCUUGCAGGUCAAAUGAACCUGGGGAGAACCAGCCGGCCUCCUGUUCUGCAGGGACGGAUCUCCUGCUCUGAGUGCACUGAGAACAGACAACACCUUUUGCAGCCAAAGAAAACUUUAUUUUCCUUCCUCCAAGGUGUUGUCUUGGACCACAGUGGGCACAAACCACUGGGAAGCCCCGCUCCUAGGCCUUUUGAUAAGGCUAGUGCAGGAGAACUUCCUGGUGGGUUGUGGCCAGAAUCAUUCCCUCCCCCCUUCCCCCACAUCGAGCAAUAUACAGUUUGUACAUUCUUGUGAUUAGGAGAAUUUUGUUAUCAACUGACAUUGAUUUUAAAUGUCUCUUGCACUUUAUAUUUAUUAUCAGCUGUUGCAAUAAAAGAACCGUUUUUAUAAUG